CAUUGAGGAGAAGGAUAACGGCCACUGAAGCGCAACAAAGCAACUGAAGUUUACGCGCUUUACCUUUUUGUCCGUUCCUUGACUUUUGACUAUUUAGCUCACUUACUUAAAAAAGAUUUCAGUGUUGUUAAAAUUUAUUUGUUUUUAAAAGCAUCGUUCUCGCAGAAUAAUUACAAUGAUGCAUCUAUGGGUUUUAUGCGCUUCUCUGAUCCUGGUGCCGCUGCUGUGCGACGCGCACAUCUCCAAGCGUUACGUGAUCGGUUGUCCGGACCGAUGCGACAAGAGUCUGUGUCCGCCCGUACCGGCCAGCUGUCUGGCCGGAGACAUCCUGGACCAGUGCGACUGCUGUCAGGUGUGCGCGUCCGGUGAGAACGAGCCAUGUGGCGGCACGGGGAAACUUGGAGACCCGGAGUGUGGAGAAGGUCUGGAGUGCGUGGUGUCUGACGGGGUCGGAUCCACGGCCACGGUGAGGAGGAGAGGAAAGAGUGGCGUGUGCGUGUGUAAGAACCCGGAUCCCGUGUGCGGCAGUGAUGGGGUCUCAUACAGGAACAUCUGCGAGCUCAAGAGAGUCAGCAACCGGGCGCAGAAACUUCAACAGCCGCCUGUCAUCUUCAUCCAGAGGGGAGCCUGCGGCAAAGGUCACAAGGAGAAUCCAGACAGUCUCCGAAACAAAUAUAACUUCAUUGCUGAUGUGGUGGACAAGAUCGCUCCAGCUGUGGUUCACAUUGAGCUGUUUCGCAAGAUGGCUUUCAGCAAGCGGGAGGUGGCAGUGGCCAGUGGCUCUGGAUUCGUGGUGUCUGAAGACGGUCUGAUUGUAACUAAUGCUCAUGUGGUGGCCAACAAGCAUCGGGUGAAGGUCGAGCUGAAGACCGGCGCCACUUACGAUGCCAAGAUCAAAGAUGUGGAUGAGAAAGCCGAUAUCGCUCUCAUCAAGAUAGACGCUCCAACAAAACUUCCAGUGCUGCUGUUGGGCAGAUCAGCUGAUCUGAGACCAGGCGAGUUUGUGGUCGCUAUCGGCAGUCCGUUCUCUCUUCAGAACACAGUGACCACAGGCAUCGUCAGCACAACUCAGAGGGGCGGUAAAGAACUGGGUCUGCGUAAUUCGGACAUGGACUACAUUCAAACGGAUGCUAUUAUCAAUUACGGUAAUUCGGGAGGACCUCUGGUGAACUUGGAUGGCGAAGUGAUUGGAAUCAACACGCUAAAGGUGACAGCGGGAAUUUCUUUUGCCAUUCCUUCUGACAAGAUCCGACAAUUCCUGGCUGAGUCUCAUGACAGACAAGCUAAAGGAAAAACAGCCACAAAGAAGAGGUAUAUUGGUGUAAGGAUGAUGACGCUUACCCCAACACUUGCUAAGGAGCUAAAGGAAAGACAGAGCGAUUUCCCAGAUGUGACCUCUGGAGCUUACGUCAUUGAAGUCAUCCCAAAAACACCUGCUGAAGUGGGUGGUCUGAAGGAGAGCGAUGUCAUAAUCAGCAUCAACAGUCAGAGGAUCGCGUCAGCCAGCGACGUCAGCACGGCCAUCAAGAAAGACGAGACUCUGAGGACAGUGGUGAGACGAGGCAACGAGGACAUCAUCCUUACCAUCAAACCCGAGGAGAUUGACCCUUGACCUCCCUAACGCUCACCAGUGAGCUGGAUCUCAGACUUUGACUGUGUGUGUGUGCAGAGCAUCACUCGUUCUAGAAUCUGUAAUAAAUACUUUCACACCCCAACUGAACGCUUAGACAGGAGAUAACCCUACUUUUACCCAGAUGCAUAGUCCUUUUCCAGUUAUUCAUUAGUGUAUAUUGUACUGUUUUAAAAAGGGCCCUUUGUAAAUAUGAGCGUUAAAGUUAAGAUACAGACAGUUCAUUGACACUCACAGUAUAUUUGGUUGUUAUGUAUUCGUCAGCAAGGCAAUGAUUUCUGUACUCAGCUUUUAUCAUUUCUACAUUUACAUCCAAACCUUAUACUUGACUUGUAGAGUGCACCAGUCUGAUCCAGAAGUAAAUGUCUUGUUUGUUUUCUCUGUAGAGAAAUUGAUUUUUGGUGAUGAUGCAUCUUUUAACAUACAGUCCUAUAAGCUUUGAUGUUUUAAAUCAUGAUAUUUGCUUUUGUACAAUCCACAUUUCAAUGUAGUUUCAACUUCAUUUUUUAAAAGCAAUAUUUAAUUGACAAUAGCUACACUAUUCGUAAUCUGCAAGGGGAGCUUUUUUUCAUGUUCAAGUGCAAUAAUUGGGUCCCCAGUGCUUCUAUCAACUUAGAAAAUGUGAAAAAGAUCAACCCAGUAACUUAGUUUUGGUAAACCAUUCUCUGCAAGCAUGUGAAAAAAUAGGUAAUUGAAAUUUGGCUCCCCUUGUGAUGUCAGAAGGAGAUAAUACCACCCCUUAAUCUGCACUAUCCAACCAUGGCCAGUGUUGGGGAAAGUUACUUUUAAAGUUACUUUUUCUUACUUGGCUGAGGCUUAAUCUCUUUCAGGCCUUGCAGGUGUUUUUUAUGAUCGCAAAAAUGUCAAGCUCUGGCUUGCCAUCUCCGUUUCUGACUCAAACUGUUCCCGCUCAGGCGCACAGAGUGCGUAAAUCUACAUUUAUAUGUUCAGUUUAAUUCAGUACAUUAUUUUAUUUUUAAAUUGAAUUAAUUAAACGGAAAAGUAACUCGCAUUACUUUUUUGAAAAAGUAACUCAAAUAUUAAUGUGUUCAUUUAUAAAGUAAUGCGUUACUUUACUUGUUACGUCAGAAUAGUAAUAUUAUUACGUAAUGCGCGUUACUUGUAAUGCGUUAUCGUAACACAGUCUCACCCCAUUUCGUCAAUAUUUGACGACACUUGACCAUUCGUCAAUAUGUGACGCGGAGGGUAUACCUUUCGCGUCAUUUUUUGACGAACUGGGGACUUCAAUACUAUUACGUCCGUUGCAUUCUCUUCUCCUAUUUUCUUACCAAUUUCGCGUCGGUUUAGGGUUAGAUUACGCAAAAUUAAACCGUGUACGCGAAAUUAAACCGUGUACGCGAAAUUAAACAGUUGUCACCUGGCGUUGGGGUUAGAGUUAGGUUUGGGUAGGGAUGUCAUUAUGUAAAUCUAACCCUAAACCGACGCGAAAUUGGUAAGAAAAUAGGAGAAGAGAAUGCAACGGACGAAAUAGUAUUGAAGUCCCCAGUUCGUCACAAAAUGACGCAAAAGGUAUACCCUCCGCGUCACAUAUUGACGAAUGGUCAAGUGUCGUCAAAUAUUGACGAAAUGGGGUGAGACUGGGUUGGUUAUCCCUAACUAGUGCAGAAAUCAACUCAUUUGCAUUUAAAAGGACACACAUAAAAACGGCACAGUUUUGCUCAAACCCACAAAGUGGCAAUUUUAACAUGCUAAAAUAAAUUAUCUGUAAGGUAUUUUGAGCUAAAACUUCACAUACAUACUCUGGGGACACGUAAGAUUUAUUUGACAUCAUGAAAAACUAUUGUGAAAUGUCCCCUUUAAGAAGUGAUCCACUAACUAAAUAAAUUACAGUUUACACACAAAUCACAAAAUUUUAUGGAUUGAAACCUAAACUUUAUUUGAGUAACACACUCUAUAAAUCCAAGCUACUUAUAUAUUCUUAUAUAGUUUCAUAGAUAACACUUCACGAUAAGGUUGUAUUUGUUAACAUUAGUAAAUGCACAAGCUAACAUGAACUAACAAAAAAACAAUAUCAUUUUCCUGCAUUUAGUAAUGUUAGUUAAUGCCAAUACAUUUGUUUAUUGUGUAUUUACUAAUGUUAACAGUUACAACUUGAUUUUCAAAAACUUAUUCAAAUUAACAUGAACUAAGAUAAUAAAAUAAUAUAAGAUAAUAAAAUAAUAAAUGCUGUAUUUUUUAUUGUUCAUGUUAGCUAAAUAUGCAUUAACUAAUGUUAACAAAUAACCUUGUUGUAAAGUGUUAUUUUUUCAUAUUAUUACUUGGUUAUUUUAGUGGGUUUAAGUACACCUCAGGUUUUAAAACUUUUACUUUAAAUAAAAUUUUGUAAUACUGCGCUUGAAGAUAAUAAAUGUAAAACAUACUUUUUGACCAAACGCUGCUGAAUUGUGGGCAGAUGUGAACCAUUGGAGAAUAUCUGAAUAUUAUCUCUAAUUCCCUUCCCUUUCUAAAUGUUUUUGUGUCUGUGUGUUUGUCAGACGCUAAUUUCAGAAAUGGAAUUAAAGAAGGGUAAUAUUUUUAA